ACACUGCUGCUUUUUGAAAUCGAAAGAUUCAAGGCAUGAUGCGCGUAGGCUUUUAAGAGCAUUUGGCAACAUUUUUGCAAUUCCAUUCCAGUGCCCUUUGGUUCACCUAACAUUAGAUUACACAUAUCAGUACCCAAUGCCCACACAUAGUUUUGAGUCUAAGUUAUUGGUUUUAAUGAAAUGCCUGACUGUUUGAGCAAGAAUUUGACCUGUGAGUUUGGGUUCCAUUCAUCAAAAUUUGAGUAGCAAUCCACAAAUCCCAUGAAGUCCUCGUAAAUAAGUUUUUGAUAACAAUACCGCAAUAAGAUUGACAUUUGUGAUUUAUGGCUAAUGUCUGUAGUUUCGUUAAAUAUAAUACUGUAAUACUGUCUUUGCCUGACGCGACUUAAAACUAUAUCCAAGAUUUCUUCGCCACAACAUUCUAUAAUUUCAUUUUGGAUGCGGCUGCUUAUGUACGUAACAUGAGCUUUUGAGUUCUAUAAGUUUUUUUUCAAUAAAUUGUCGCCGCUCUCGAUUCUAAACCGUAUUAGUUCUCUAAAUAUCCCUUCAUUAUUAAGGACAUCAUCGCCAUUCGUGCUGUCAUUAGAAAAAGGCGUCCCCUAUCUCUAUGGCCUCUAAGUGGUAUAUUUUGGCGAUUCUAUUAUAGGAGUCAAUCUUUGCCGAUUUUCUGAUACUUGCUUAAUUCGCUCUGAACCUAUUAUAUUUCUUAUAUCAUUCUCUGGAUUUUCGUAAAUCUUUAAAAGUUUGUAGCAUCUGAAACUGCUUCUGUAUGAUAUAUUGAGUCCUCAUGUGUGUCACAAUCACCGGGGUUGCCAUACAAUUUCGAAAAUUUCUUUAGUGGUACGGUAACAAGUUUUUCCCAAUUUAGUUGAUUUAUGUACUCCUCCUAAUUUUGCAAAACCGAGCAACAUUUACAGAAAAACCCUUGUAGUUCCUCUGAAUAUGACAGCCAAGGAAAUUUCUCAAAAUGUUUUUUCGAUAAAUAACAUUUCAGUUCUUUAUAAUUUUUCAGGUGUGUGGGAUAACGAUAUUUGAAAGAGUCAUUAGGGAUCAUUGCACACCUCAAUAAGGUAUAUUUUUCAAGGGAAGACAAGUUGCCGCUAAAAUUUACCUAUGGCGCAACAUCAACAAAAUUGGAUCCUUUAGGUUUCGCACCCGAUUGUUCAACACUUGGUUGGACCUCUUCACCCUGUACACGGACCAAAUAAGACCUACCUUCGGGUACUGCUCACAUGUUUUGGAUGCUGCCGCCCCGACUACAUGAUCCAUGCUCAAUGCUGUUCAGAAGAGGGCUGUAUGACUGAUCAAUGACCCUUUUCUUGACAGUCUCGGAACCCUUUCGCACCGGCGGGCAGUCUGCGAUCUAGCUCUCUUCUACCGCUACGCCAACUGGCUUUGCUUCUCAGAGCUCUCCUCCACGAUACCGCCGGGCGAUGUGCCUGCCAGACAGACCCGCCUGACUACCGCCUCCCAUCCUGACCGUGUCGAACAUCAAGAACUGGCCGAUACGACCGCUCCUUUGUCCAUAGGGUAUCAAGAUGGUAGAAAAAACCUACCUGAAGUGGCUUUUCCCAGUUCUACUAACCAAAGGCACUUCAAAAAUCGGAUUACCAAACUUUCUCUAAGCUCCUCAUAGCAGUCGCAGUACCCUGGAACAUAGGCUGCGCGGCUGCGGCCUCUUUGAAUAAACGCGUGGGAUUGAACAAUAUCUAUUUUUUUCCUCAGCGUGGUCGCGAUCCCGUACUCACUCGCAAACGUUAGCGAUUCAAUCACCUUGAAAUUAAUGAAACGACCUAAGGGCAGCCUGAUCGCAUAUCCUUGUGAUACGCCAAUCAAAGACGAGGACGCAAUUUUUGAGAUCUCAGAACGCGACGCUGCUGAUAUCUACUCUAAAUUGCUAUUGGCUAGGAAGAAGGACGUACUCGCUAUCAUCGAGAGAGAAUCGAAGGAGUUGGAUAGGCAGAUUAAAGAAGAUCAAGAUUGCCCUGAAAGGUGUUUCGUCGAGCAAGCAAUAACUCUUCUAAAAGAACGCGAAGAUCAAGUGCUAGAAGGACAAAAAGGCGAUACUCAAAAUGCUGAAACUACCAAUAUCACAGAAAUAGAUCAAGAAUCUGAUAAAGAAACUACCACAACAUACGAAAACGUCGAUAUGACUAACAUGAGGACAGUGACAGAAGAAGAGAUUUUCGGAGCUGCUUAUAAUGAUACUUUUGAUCAGACAACUAAUCCAAACGAAAACAUUAUUUUGGAAGCUUUGGGAAAGGCUGUGAAUAACUUAGAUAUUAAUUCAGUGGUUGAUGAGAUCAAUGACAAACAGAGCAUUUGUACAAAUGUCAUCAAUCAACCGUCAAAAUAUCAUUACUUUUAUCAGUCAUCUGACGGCCAACAUAUCUAUCUGCACGCCAUCAAUGCGAGGAUGUUGGAGCAUACUUACGGCUCUUUGGAGAAUGCACCAAAAACCAUAACAGGAAGAAUUCUAGAAAAAGAAGGUGGCUCAAUGACGGACGAUUUGAGAAGAAGGUUGAGGUACCUUCAACACUUGCCAGUAACUUGCCAGUUUGAAAUCGCUGAAAUUGAGCUGAGAAAACCUAUUGUUAGCCAAGAUACUUUGGAUGCAUUUAAAGAUCAACUAGAGCAACGUCGACAUCGCCGCCAGCGUCGGGCGAAAGAAGAACGUCGCCGCGAGAAACGCAUCGAACUGGAGACAAAUCGUAUCAUCGGCUUGCCACGCCCAGCCAAACCCAUUCAGCUGGAAUCAGACGUGCAGUUCCCGCGUUUUGAGGAUGCCAUGGCGCGCAUUGAAGCGGAGAAUGCGACUAGAGAGAGGAGUGAGAGCGAAAGCACGCAUCUUAGUGAGGAGAGUAGUAACGGUGGUUGGGGAGUGGGAUCGUUAGAGAGAGCCGCAUCCUUUGCUGGGCCAUCGUUUGCUACAAUGUUGGCGAACGCCAAAGACCCCCCACAAUCGUCUUCCACCUCUCGUCCCAACUGCUGGCCGAUCAAAAAAGCUCGCACCACAGCCGAUGUAGGUCGCUUUAUAUGUGCCGCCGGCAGCAAAACUAUGGCGGUACCUUCGAAAGCGAGUACUCCGAGUGAUGAUGGAGACACUGAGUGGUUCCAGAGACCGCCGGUGUUUAGGGAGAGUUUUGGGAAUGCUGUCGCGCAGGCUCUAACUGUGAAGGCAGAUAAUGCGGAAGAUGAUUUUCAAUGCGCCGGCAAAAAGAAGAAGAAAUCCAAGCAGAAGCUGCUGUUCACUACAAACAUUAACUAUAUGAACUAAAAAGUAGUUGUUGCGAGUCCCUACAUUUAAAAUGAUGUAUUUUUAUUUCUAUUUGUUUUUACCUAAAUUUGAGUUAUAUAGAGUUCAUCCCUACAGAUGGUCUAUAUCGAUUGGAUUUUGUUUUUUGUUAUAGAAUGUCGAAAAUAAAGAUACCUCUAUUACUUACGAUACUUACGUCAGUGUUUUAUUAUAUAACCGUGGUACCC